GUAACCAAGAUUAUCGGGUCAAGUAUCAUUGGAGUCGGAUUAUAUCAAAAUACAGCAAAGCCAACACAACUCGAUCAAUCGUCAAUUGUUGAAUUUGUUAGUUAGGGUUUUAGUUGGGAGCAAAAAUAUUACGAUUACGAAACUCAAGUCGUGUAGUAUUGUCCAACAGCUUAUCUCACUGAUAGGAUCAGAAACCUUCAUUUUUCUUCUCUCUUCAUUUCUCAAUCGAAAAUGGCAGUCGCUAAUCAUCACUUAACGGCAACUUCUCCUCUUUCUUCUUCCUCGUCUUCUCUCUUUGUUCGCUCUAAUUUCGUUUCCUCAAGAGCUCAGAUAGUUGCUGUUAAGGUUAAGAAUGUCGGAGUUUGUAAAUGUGUUGCAACUCCGCCUACUGAAAAGACUGCUUACACGACUAAGGUUUCGCGAAAUUUGAAUAUGGCGAAGCUUCAAGCUGGUUAUCUCUUCCCCGAGAUUGCUAAAAGAAGAGGAGCUCACAUGGAAAAAUAUCCAGAUGCUCAAGUGAUAAGCCUUGGAAUUGGUGACACUACUGAGCCCAUUCCUGACGUCAUAACAUCUGCGAUGGCUAAGAGAGCACAUGAUUUGUCCACACUAGAAGGUUAUAGUGGUUAUGGAGCUGAACAAGGAGAAAAGAAAGUAAGAGCUGCAAUUGCUUCAACAUUUUAUGGGAACCUCGGCAUUGAAGAAGGUGAUAUAUUUGUCUCAGAUGGAGCCAAGUGUGACAUAGCUCGACUUCAGAUGCUUUUUGGAUCAGAUGUCACAAUGGCUGUGCAAGACCCGUCCUAUCCGGCAUAUGUAGAUUCAAGUGUUAUAAUGGGCCAAACUGGACAGUACCAGAAGGAUUUGGAGAAGUAUGGUAAAAUUGAGUACAUGAGGUGUAUUCCUGAGAAUGAUUUCUUUCCAGAUUUGUCUACCGUUGGCAAGACGAACAUUAUUUUCUUCUGUUCACCUAACAAUCCUACUGGUGCUGCUGCAACUAGAGAGCAACUAACCAAAUUAGUACAAUUUGCUAAGGACAAUGGGUCAAUCAUUGUCUAUGAUUCUGCAUAUGCAAUGUAUAUUUCGGAUGACAGUCCACGCUCAAUCUUUGAAAUUCCUGGAGCCAAGGAGGUUGCUAUUGAGACAGCAUCAUUCUCCAAGUAUGCUGGAUUCACUGGUGUUCGUCUUGGCUGGACUGUUGUGCCCAAAGAGCUUUUAUUUUCUGAUGGAUUUCCUGUUGCAAAGGACUUCAAUAGGAUUGUGUGUACUUGCUUCAAUGGGGCUUCCAACAUAUCCCAAGCAGGUGGUUUAGCUUGCCUAUCUACUGAAGGCCUUGAGGCGAUGAAGCAAGUAAUUGGUUUUUACAAGGAAAAUACCAACAUAAUAGUGGAUACAUUCAAGUCCCUUGGUUUCAAUGUGUACGGAGGCACAAAUGCACCAUAUGUAUGGGUGCACUUUCCUGGCCGAAGCUCUUGGGAUGUUUUCGGUGAGAUUCUUGAAAAGACUCAUGUGGUGACCACACCAGGUAGUGGGUUUGGGCCUGGUGGCGAAGGUUUCGUUCGGGUUAGUGCUUUCGGUCACAGGGAAAAUAUUCUGGAAGCCUGCAGAAGAUUCAAGCAGUUAUACAAGUGAUUCGAACAAAGAAUCCUUGGGGCUUUGGACAUCAACACUCUUAGCUAUCGCGUCUUCUCUAAGUUUUAAAUAAUGAUUCCAUCUCCUUGAUUUUUUCUUGUAAGCCAAGGACUAAUUUAAACUUACCAUGAUGCAAAAAAAACUAUGUUCCGGUAAUGUAUGAAUCUUUGUCUCUAGAUCAUUUUUGUGUUCGUAAUCUUAUUUCUCGUUUUCAGCUUGA